AUGGGGCGCAGCGCGGGGCUGAUCCUGAUGGCCGCGAUGGUGCUGGGCGCCGCCGCCGAGGCGCUGCCAGGUGAGGGGGGGGAUCACAGAAAGAAAGACCGGGGGGUCCUCUUUCUUUCUUUCUUUCUUUCUUUCUUUCUUUCUUUCUUUCUUUCUUUUUUUCUUUCUUUCUUUCUUUCUUUCUCUCUCUUUCUCUCUUUCUCUCUUUCUUUCUUUCUCUCUUUCCCUCCUGAUUUGUUUUUUUUGGGGGGGCGCCGUCAACUGCCGGCCUCCCCCCCGGAAGGGGGCGGGGCUUCUCUUUGGGCCCCUCCCCCUCCCCGAGGGACAAUGGCUGCCCGAUCCCUUGUCUUUUUUGGGGUGGGGGGGUCCCAUCCCUGGCCGGCCCUCCCUCCCUCCGCCCUGGUCCUCUAUAGGGCCCGCUCGGGGGUGGCCCCAUUGGGCUGGGAAGGGGAGCCCCCCGGGGGGAGGGAGGGGACAGGCGGGGCGCGGCUUCCCGGCGGCGCAGGUGGGCAGAUUCCCCUCCCCCCCGGAGGAGGAGGAGGAGGAGGAGGAGGAAGCGCUCUCUCUGCCCAGGGUGUUUGCCAAGCCCCCCCCCGCGUGUGCCCCUUCUUCCUGGUUCAGUCCCUCGGUGCCAGGUGCGGAUUCUGCGCGAGGCGUGGGAGGCGGGAGGGCUGGGAGGAGAGAGACCCCACUGGACAGGGGCCGGCCCCAUAGAGGGACUGGAUGGCUGGCUGGGGGGGGGGUCUGUGCCAGGGGACUGAGCUGCCCCCCUCGCCCUGGGCUGCUCCAGGAGGCUGGCCUGCUGCCCAGAUCGUGUUUGCUCUUCAAGUCGAGGAAGUUGUCUGUUUACAAUCACCAUCAUCAUCAUUUAUUAUCUAUACAUCUGGCUGGGUUUGCCCCUCGUGGCGGGAGGAGCUGGGUCCCGAGUGUGGGAGCAAAAGCCGGAUCGGCAGAGGCAGUGAUGGCACAAUGGGCCUGGUGUUGUGCCCCCUGGCACUCUUGCCAGUUUGGGCAUUACCUGGGACAGGACACCUGUCUGCCUGCAGAACUCCUGGCUGCUUUUGUUUUAUUUCCGGAAAGCUCUUUCCUGCCUGCCAGCCCGAGAUGGGAUUUUGAGGCUGUGCUCCCUGGACCCAAGGGGGCAAGAUCACAGAAGUGGAGAGUUGCAAGGGACUCCAGAGGUCAUCCAGUCCCACCCCCGCAGCACAAGGCUGCGCCUGGUCCAGAGAGCUCUUUGUUUUCUUAGCCAGGAGAGAGAAUCCUCCCUUCCCUGCUUUGUGGGCCAAAGAGAACAGCCUUUCUGGGUCAGGCUCCCAGGCUGCCUCCUCCUCCUGAACUGGCCUGACCGGGUGCAGAGGGAACCUGAUCUCCUGGGCUCCGCAGGGCUGGGCAGCCAGUCUCAAACUGGUUCAGCCUGUUUGUGGUGAGGUCACCGGAGCUGCUCUCCCUGAAUCACCAGGCCAUGGGGCCCGUCUGGCUCGGAGUUCGCUCUCUGCCCCAUGGAGGCCAGACUUCCUGGUGGGGAGGGGGCACCCUUCCUUUUUAUUAUUAUUUUUAUUACUAUAUUUAUUAAGUUUCCAUUUUAUUACAUUUAAACAAAUCCUUAUUGUGCUCAUUACAUAUUUGCUCAAUCGAGCUUCGACUCCCCCCCCAUACGGUUGCCAUAAUUCAUUAUUACUUCACAGCAUUUAUACAUUUUCCCAUUUACGUUUCACUUAAUCACAAAUUUUAAAAUAAAUAUUAAAAGGUACAAAUCCUUAACGUUGCAAGUUUGUCUUCCAGCAACCCUGGUAGUGGGGUAUUGGUUAUUCCUUCCAUGUCCCGCUCACCUUCCUUAAACCGGCAAAAGAGUAGAACAGGACUGCCCCCUUCUCUUAAUUAAAAAAUAAAAAUAAAUCACUUUUGUAAUUUUUUUUUACAAAAACAAAUCCGCAAUAAUAAAAAGGAAAAACUUUUACCAUAUCCAUAUAUGAGAUUCUCUGAAUCUCAUGACUUACCCCCUGCAUCUCAUUACAUUCUCCACAUUUUUCAUUCUCUAAAUUGUCCAUAUUAGGGGUUUUUUACCGUCCAGCCAGCGUUUUUAUUUGAUUACAAUGGUCUCCUAAGUAAACUAUAAUUUCCCCCCAUUUUUUUUUAAAGUCCUUAUCUUCUUGAUUCCUGAGUCUCCUAGUCAGUUUUGCCGUUUCAGCAUAGUUUGGUUUUUAAAAAAUCUAAUUCUUUCAACAUAGAACAGCAUCACACGGCACGGAUAAAUAGUGGAAUAUCCCAUCCUAACCCAGAAGGUGAUUCUAAGGCAAUACAUGCGAAAUAACAGCUGAAUGACGCAAAUUCUUCUCCCCAAACGACUGUUUGUACAGAAGGCGAUAAACAAUUUUAAGUUAGCCGAAAAGGUUUUCUGCUGUGAAGGGUGUCCUCUGAUUUUCAUUCCUUGGCCUUGCCACUUGCAUCAUGAAGCUGUGAGAUUCAGUCACAGAAGAGUCUUUGUGCUUCAGGCCUUGGGCCAAUUUCAUUUUAUGAUCUGAUUUUUCCACAAGUGCUUUUUUAUGGCCAGGCUUUGUUGGGCCAGUUUGCCAGAGAACUUGAGCUGUUCUUGUCUUCACCCGUAAGCGGCCUUGAGUUCCUCGCGGGGGAAAUGGCGGAGUACAAAUAAAUAUGUCAGUAAUAAUCCUAAAAGACGCCCCCUAAAUUCUUCCAGCAUCUCCUAAGAAGAGGACUUAUUAAAGUUUAAGCUGUUAAAUUAAUAUUGUCUCCUUGGACGUUGAGAGACAUUUUGCUCAGUAAUUGCUUUUAUUCGGAUUCUUUCUCUCCUUCUACAUCCCCUUCCUUUAUGACAGACACGUCCAGCUCCCAAGAGACUGCGUUAUACUCCCAGUAUUAAAAAAAGAGGCAGUUAUCUACCCAUUGUCCUUGCAAAGAGUUGUUGAGCUUUUGAUAGGGGAGGGGAGAAUGCAAAAAAUUGCUCACAACAGUCCGCCGCCCUCCCUCCUCCCCCCCCCCAUUUGGCAGGGGGGCGGACAUUCUUUUUAAAAUUCUUUUUAAAUUUUUUAUUUUCAAUGCAAAAUUACAACUAAAAUUACAAACAUUGAAUCCGAAAUUAAACAGUACAAACAAGGGGGGGAGAACAGAACACAAAAGAAAAAAGAACAAAACAACAACAGCAACCAAAAACACACAUCUACAAAUAAAACCAUUCUAAUCUAGUCAUUACAUGCCUAUCUGGUGGGGACAUUAAUUGUCCACUUCAUUUAAUCCUGAGAUCAGUCAGGAUCUACCUGUCGACGGGUUGAACAUGUCUUCUCUGAGGGUGACCCAACUGAGCUGAGCCCCUGGGACAGCUGCCCGGCGUGUAGAAGGGAGAAUUCUCCCUGAUGUGGCCUCUGCAAAAGGACACCCCCCCGACUGCUUCGCAUGGAGGGAGGAAUUGACUCCCUUUGCCCCCCCCCCCGGGCAGACUGGGGUUCCACCGUAGUCUAGGGCAGCCCUCCUUUCCCAGCAGGAGGGCAGCUGUGCCUCUGCCCAUGUGAAGAGUUUUGCCAGUGACUGGAGAACGUGCUCUUGAGGUUGCUGCUGCUUUGCCACAAAGGGAGGAGGAGAGUUUUGCCUGGAGCGUCAUCCUGGGGGCCGGGCUAAGGGAACGCAGCCUGCGUAUGCUCAGAGGCACACUUUCCCUCUCUUUGUGCCGCAGCAAAGCCUUGAACUCCGCUCUCUCCCUUCUUUUAUUGUUGAGCUUUUAUCUUUUAAUAGCUAGGAAUGUUAUGAAAACAAACACACUGUGAGCCUGAGAACAGAUUAACUCCAAAGGGCCGCCCAGGUCCAUAUUUAGAUCUACAUUUAACUCCUAAGUUAGAGAGCAAGCAGAAAACUCCAGUAGCAUAAACAGGAAGCAGAUACUCUCUGGGUAGCUGUGCAAACUUGGCUUAUCUGUGGGAGAAGCAAAUGGGAAUCGUCCGCCCCAAAAUGUGGUUGACUCCUGUUUAAAAACAGCACCUUUCCUGUGGAGGCCGUGACUUUGGUUCACGGAGGGCUCCAGAAAUGGGUGCCAGUUGGCCGAUUGUGUUGGCUGUUGGGCGUCAGUUGGAGAUGGGCAGCUGGAGCAGUCAGGGAAAGAGGGAAAGAGCAGUAUCUACCUAUCUAUCUAUCUAUCUAUCUAUCUAUCUAUCCAUCCAGGGCCGGAUUUACGUAUAAGCUAAACAAGCUGUAGCUUAGGGCCCCACUCAGUUGGGGGCCAGAAAAAUUUAGAGGGAAUAAAAAACCCCUGGAUGUACAUUUCCAAAAUAUAGGAUAAAAAAACAAAUAAAAUAAACCUACAUACAGCAGCAGUGAUUUGUGUUGUGUAGGCUUCUAUUUGUUAUGUGCAAAUGGCUUGAGAUACCUCUGAGGUCCAUAAAUGACCAUAUAGCGUAUAUUCAACACCAAAAACCAGCGACAAUUUGCUGUCGACAAGGGACAGCUGGACAUAUCAAGGGCCCCAUUACCUUCAGUAGCUGAGGGCCGCAUCAAACCUCAAUCCGGCCCUGGGUGAGAGGGCUGGAGCAGGACCUGGGAGACCAGGAUUCGAAUCCCCGCUUCAGCCAGGAAGCUCACUGGGUUUAGCUGUAUUUCCCCCCCGAAAUGGGGAAGGGCCUGAAAGUUUUGGGAGCAGCUGCUAUCGUAUUUCUCGUAGUGACUCACUGGUUAAAUAUAUCUGUCUGUCUGUCUGUCUGGAUUAGCAAAAAGCCUUUUAUUCAUUAAGUACAUUCCAUCAGGAAAAGAACAGUCUUGUGUCGCCUUUGACACCAAUGGAUUUAUCAUGCUGUGACCCCCCCCCUUGGGGUGCCAGGUCCCACGCUCAUUUUCCCUUCGCCCCUCUAGGUGGGGCAGGGAGCCACCCCUCUGCCGGUCAGUGCAGGGAGCAAGGCGCACCAGUGGCCUGACUCUGCGGGAGGCAGCUUCUGGUGUGGGUGGGGGUCCCCCUUCCCCACGAAAGAGACCCAGGAAAAGCGGCUUCUCUCGCACGGCUGCGCCACCAGCUGUGCCAUCAUCCUGCAGCUCUGACUUUGUGACGUCGCCAUCCAGGGGGAGAGCGUUUUCGGCCUGUGGUGGCAAACACCACAAAUUCUCUGGUGGCCCUUUGGGCACCAGAGGCGGAGCAGAGUUAAUUGAAACCCCCGACCGCCUGGGAAUGUUGGGCAUUGGCGUCUCGCUUGAUGCAAUGGGGACAUCCUCUCCCCUGCUCAGGAGCAGCUGCCAGCAGAGUCUGCACCUCUGGGCCUGGAGCUGCCAUCUUCCCUAGCGGAGAGGGUGCAGCUGCUUUGGAGCGCCCCCUGCCUGUGGGGUGCGCAUCCUGCCUCCUCUCCCCGGUGCCUCAUUUUGCUGCCGCGGGGUUGGAGUCGCGCCAAGUUCCUGGGCUGGAGAAGGAGGAAGUUUUUCUCCUUUCUUCACUUUGGCUGUUUCAAGGGCAGGUCGGCCAAAGCAGGUUGCACGGCAGGCAGCUGGCAGCGAAGAACACAAAAAUUAAAAAUUGCAGGUCUACUGGAGCGCCAGCAAAUAAGACACUGCACUGAAUCGCUGCGAGAAUUAUGAUAGCAGCCUCUCCCGAAACUUUCAGGCCCUUCCCCAUUUUUGGGGGGAAAUAAAGCUGAACCCAGUGAGCUUCCUGGCUGAAGCGGGGAUUUGAAUCCUGGUCUCCCAGGUCCUGCUCCAGCGCCCUCAGCCUCCCCCCUCUCCUCUGGAUAUGUCCCCUCCUUGUCGCAAUAGCCACUGAGCCUGCUGGCCCCUCUGCUUCCUUCCAGACGACUGCUACCUGCCCAAGGUGGUGGGACGCUGCCGGGCUGCCUUCCCCCGCUGGUGGUUCAACGCCUCCAGCCAGGCCUGCCAGGAGUUCAUCUACGGCGGCUGCCGGGGAAACGCCAACAAUUUUGUCUCGGCCGACAAGUGUCGCCAGAUCUGCGCUGCAGGUGAGUGGGGGGUGGGGGUGUUCUGGCACAGUGAAUCGUCUGACUUUACAGAAUUGCAUUACAUUUUUUUAAUAAUAUUUUUUUUAAGUUUUGCAUGACAUUUAAAUUCAAACACACCAGUCACCUCCUGUCCCUUGACUUCCCUCUGCCCUUCCAUGGUUACCAUUAUCAACCCAAUUUUCCAUCUGCUUCUCUUAUUUGCUCUUGGAAUGUUAUCCAUUUUUCCAUUUAUUUUAUUUUUGUAUAUUACAAGCAUUACUCUGAUCCUGCCAAAGUUUUUAGUUGUUUACAACUAAAAUUAAUUGUAUUAAUUGUUAUAUGUGUAUAUAUAAUUAGAUUUCUUACCCACUGGCCACCAAAAGGUCCCAGAGCAGGUUGCAACGAUAUACGCACAAAUGAAAACAGCUGCAAAUCAUGAAACAAGGGUUUUAAAAAUCAAUUUGCAACAAUCCGUAUGUAAAAAUGUACAAACAUUUAAAAACAAUUCCACCAAUAAAAACAAUUUAAACCAGGCUUCUUCAACCACGGCCCUCCAGAUGUUUUUGGUCUACAACUCCCAUGAUCCCUAGCUAGCAGGACCAGUGGUCAGGGAUGAUGGGAAUUGUAGUCCCAAAACAUCUGGAGGGCUGAGGUUGAGGAAGCCUGGUUUAAAAAAUGGGUGCAAUGGUUGUUUGCUUUAUAAGCUGCUGUUUGUUAUUACAGAUUUUUUUUAACGCUAAUAUGAGCCGCUUAAACUCAACAUUUGUUGUUGGGAAAGUGGAAUACAAAUAUAAAAUCAAAUAAAAUCUGAAAUGGGGAGUCAGCGGAGGCUGUUUAGGUCAGCACCAACACUUUGAAUUGAGCUUGGAAACGUCCUGGGAGCCAGUGUAGGUCUUUCAAGACCGGUGUUAUGUGGUCUCGGCGGCCACUCCCAGUCACCAUUCUGGCUGCCACAUUCUGGAUUAAUUGCAGUUUCCGGGUCACCUUCAAAGGUAGGCCCACAUAGAGCGCAUUGCAGUAGUCCAAGCGGGAGAUAACCAGAGCAUGCACCACUCUGGUGAGACAGUCCGCGGGCAGGGAGGGUGCGUGGAGCUAGGAGACAGCUGACAUUGAAUUGACCCAUGCCAGAUAGAUAGACAGACAGACAGACAGAUACACUUUUUAUUCUGUUAAUGUUUAAUUGUUUCAUCCUUAUGGUUCCACUUUAUCUGUAAGCCGUGUUGAGUCCCUGCUGGAGACAAAGGCAGGAUAGGGAUAAAGGCGGGAUAUACCGUAUUUUCCCAUGUAUAAGACGCCCCUAUUUUGGGGGACUCAAAAUUAAGAAAAUUUCCACUCUACACUAUCCAUGUAUAAGAUGGCCCCCAAUUUUCAACAUUAUUUUAUCAGAAAAAAACCUAGUCUUAUACACGGAAAAGUACAGUAAAUAAAUACAACCACAACAACCGCGAUGAUUUGCAAGCCCCCAGGUGGACUGGAGGUCCAUUAGAGAUCCCCGUUCAGGCAAGACCCAAAUGAAAUGGAAGAUGUUUCUUCCAAAGUCUGCCAGGCACCUCUGGUGAGGUGCACUUUCUGGCUUAAGAAUAAGAAUAAGAAUAAGAAUAAGAAUAAUUCUAGCUUAUAAAUAAAUAAAUAAAUAUUUCUACCCCGCCCAUCUGGCUAGGUUUCCCCAGCCAUUAUUGUAUUAAAAAUACAAUAAAACAUCACACAUUAAAAACAGGGCUGCCUUCAGAUGUCUUCUAAAAGUCAGAUCGUUGCCUAUUUCCUUGACAUCUAAUGGAAGGGCAUUCCGCAGGGCAGGUGCCACUACCGAAAAGGCCCUGCCUGGUUCCCUGCAACCUCACUUCUCGCAGGGAGGGGACCGCCAGAAGGCCCUCAGGAGCGGGUCCCCAGUGUCCGGGGUGGAGACGCUCCUUCAGCCUCUCCUGCUUUUCACACAUUGGAAGGAGAACAUACUCUACGUCUCCCUCUUGCCAACCCCAGGAGCUUGAAAAGAUGACCUUCCCCUUUGCUGAGGAGCUGCUUUGUCCUGGUAGUCUCCCCCCGGGCUCAGGGCCCACCUUGGGGGGUCUUGGCUGCGACCGGCUGACACUCACUCUCUCUUGGCUUUCAGAUGGCGGCCGGGGGGGCACAGAGGGAGAAGCAGCAGCACCCACCAGCAAGGGUAAGGAUAUGGGUGAGAAGGUCUUGGAGGAGGGGGGGCGGAGGCUGCCUUCCCCCAGGGCCUGGGAGGGAGCUCUGUGCCCGGCCCCUCCUUGUACAGGGAGACUCAUGGCACCCUGACCCCCCGAGAAUGGGUGGCCUUCCUCGCAGGGGCGUCCAGGAGUUUUCCAAAGGGUCCAGUGUGGGCUCUGAACUCUGGAGGAAGGGAAAGGAGAUUGUUAGCCGCUUUGAGACUCCUUAAUGAGAGGGAUGCGGGUGGUGCUGUGGGUUAAACCACGGAGCCUCUUUGGCUUGCCGAUCAGAAGGUCGGCGGUUCGAAUCCCCGCUACAGGGUGAGCUCCCGUUGCUCGGUCCCUGCUCCUGCCCACCUAGCAGUUCGAAAGCACAUCAAAGUGCAAGUAGAUCAAUAGGUACCGCUCUGGCGGGAAGGUAAACGGCGUUUCCGUGCGCUGCUCUGGUUCGCAGAAGCGGCUUAGUCCUGCUGGCCACAUGACCCGGAAGCUGUAUGCCGGCUCCCUCGGCCAAUAAAGCGAGGUCUUCUUCUGGAAUGACUUUCUCUGCCUUCCCUUCCUGACAGCCGCAUCCGGAUCCGGCCACCGCCGUCUGCCAGGAGACGACCGAAAGGGCUUCCAAGGUAACUGGGUGGGGCGGGGUGGCAGCCGAAGGGGGAGAGGUGACUCCAGCCCCCCACCAGUUCUGACCUCUCUCCAAGGGCACCUCUGAGUCUCAUUUUCUUUCCCCCCCUCCAGAGUUUUGCGCUGCCCCCCCAGAGGUUGGGCGCUGCCGCGGAGCCUUCCCUCGUUGGCACUUUGACCUGGAGACCCGUACCUGCAAGAUGUUCAUUUUUGGCGGCUGCGGGGGCAACAAGAACAACUACGACUACGAGGAGCACUGUCUGCAGUGCGCCAGAGACGGGGGUAAGAAGGGGCAGGCUGGGCACCCAGGCCAGACCCCCCCCAAGGGCUCACAUCCUUGCCCAGGGUGGAAGGGCAGAUUCCCCCCUCCCCAAAAUCCAAGGAGAUUUGGAAAAGUUCCAGAGACUCUUCACUCCCUUCUCUUUAAAACUUUUAUUGAUUUGUUAGCCAAGGGAAAAAAGGAUAAACUUAACAAAAUGAGAGAAAAGGGAACCGAAAAUUUAAACCACGGAAGCAUCACGUCAUGGAGGGACAAAAGGGCGCAGAUCCAGCACUGCUCCAGAGUAAAUUCCCUUAGCAAAGAGUAAAGAUUUAUAGAAAUAAAAGCCUUCUCCGCCUGGGAGUCUCAUCCUAAAGGAGAUUAGAGGUUCUCCAUCGUCUCAGGUGAGCCAGGUGCUUGGCCUGGUGGCUCUGAAUGCGCCUCCGUGUUUGUCGAAGGCGUAUCUUGUCAUGCCUUGUCACAGAGCAAGAAAACCGGUCGUUCAGGCUCUGCCCUCUCGAUCCUAUUAGUUCCAGGAGGGCCAUUUGCCAAAGCCUUGAAUGUGGGCCGUCCCGUUUAUUAAGACUCACGGUUUCCUGGAUUUGGCAAUGCGGCCCCCGGCUGCUGCUUCGAGCUCCUUCCUUCGCUCCUCCCCUCCAGAGACCUGCCAGGAAGGCCCCGAUCCUGUCCUCACCAGGCCUCCAUUUGGGCUGGGCUCUGAGGACUCACAACCCCCCGUGGCUUCUCCUGCUGGAGCAGGGAGUGAUGGACUGAAUUUACAUACCGCUCUGUACCAGAGGGCUCAGGGCAGUUCACGGGAAAGAUCACAAUAAAUCAAAAUAAGAACAAUAGCCCAAUAACACCCCCCCCCCAAAAAAGAGCCACAUUUUAAAAGGGUAUGGGAUGUCGAUUAGGUCAGCCAAAGGACUGGUUAAAAAGGAGCGUUUCUGCCAGGUGCCUAAAGGUGUAUAUUGAAGGCACCAGGUGCUCUUCCCUGGGGAGAGCAUUCCACAGAUGGGGAGCCACUUCAGAGAAGGCCCUGUUCUUGUGUUGCCACCCCUGAACCUCUCAAGGAGGAGGCACACGAAGAAGGGCCUCAGAAGAUGAUCUCAGGGUCCAGGUAGGCCCAUAUGGAAAGAGGUGGUCCUGGAGGUAUUGCGGUCCUGAGCCAUUUAAGGCUUUAGAGGUCAAAACCAGCCCAGGGCAGGGAGGCAGUGGGUGUUGCCCAGCCCCUUCUCACCCGCUGCCCUUUGUCCUGGAGGAGAGGGCUCUGCGUGGCUCCUGGGCACAAGGGCCCUGCUCUGCCCCACAGCCAGAGGAAGGGAUCUGCUUCUGAAUGCCAGUCGCUGGAAACCCCAGGAGGGGAGAGCGUUGCUCUGGUGCCCGGAUCCUGCUUUGGGGUUCCCUGCUGGAGCACCCAGUGUUUCCCCCUUGGGCCUGAUCCAGCCGCAGGGCUCCCCUUGCAUUCUGACACGUCUCCCCACUUUUCAGAGUUAACGGAAGAGCCGUUGGAACCCCAGCAGCACGGCCACCUCUUCCCGGACCCCAUGAUCCACUCCACCAGAGGUAGGUGCCGGGAGGGGGGUCGCAGCGCCAGGCCUCUGACUCUCCAUGAGGAGGCCAGGGGCUGGAGUGCUUGUCGUUUAAACUCUACUCAAUAGUGCUCCAGAGCAGAACUCUGACAUAUAGUUGGCCUUGGUGAAGAUUUGACAUUUUCUUCCCCCAAAAAGUUUUUGAUUUGAGUUUCUACUGAAAUGAGGCUGCAUUUUAAUGUUGUAUUUUAAUCUUGUUUUUAAAGUUGUAUUUUAAUCAAUUGUUUUUAUACUUGGUGUUAGCCGCCCUGAGCCCAGUCUUGGCUGGGGAGGGCGGGGCAUAAAUACUACUACUAAUAAUGAUAAUAAUUAUAUAGUUAGCAGAGUAGAAACUUAAACACGUUGCAGGAUUCCCCAAAAAUAGACCAGAGGCAGUUCUAUUUCAUCCAGCAGAGCUUUACUGCUACUGAAGGCAAAGGAGCGUAAUGGUCACAAAUCCAAAACAUUCAAGGUUGGCCCUGUCCAUAAGAAAUCCACUUGCAGCAGACUUAACUUAAACUUGCCAUAACUUAGAAUAAGACUAAACCUUAAGCAUACAAUGUACAGAACAGCAGAAGGAAAAGAGACAGAAAGAGAAAGAGGAACCUAGGCUCCUCCUGGCCUAACCAUUAUAGUUUGCACGACCUUGACUGAAAGACAUAACAGGACCAGUUUUAAACCAGCUGUAUUCCUUUUCUGAAGGAAUAACCCAAACAUCAGGAGCUUUCUGCUUGCCUCUUUCAAACAGAGAAGCUUCCAGAACCCUCUUGAAUUAAUAAGAAUAGGAAAGACCUCGACACAUCAGAUCAAGACUUUCUGCACUAAGAAAUGCAAAGGGACAGUGUUUGGGGGAGCCUCUGAAACCCAGAGGAGAUUUGCCAGGGGGGCUGGCGAAGCCUUUUCCCUCUGGUCUGUCGCUUGGGGACAUCUGCUCCUACCCCCCCCCCCAGCUGGCAGGUUUCCUGGCUCUGCCUCCAGCCUCUCUCUGGAGCUUCCCAUUUGGGGAAGUGGCCGUAAGGGGGCCCAGUCCGAAGGGCAUCCCCAAAGGCAGGAAUCGCCAUCUCGGCUCCUGGCCGUGGCUGGGGAAGAGGCAACAUCUCUUGGUUUCUCCUCCUGGGGGCCAAGAAGUCUCGGCUGCAACCAGCCAUAGAUGUGUUCUCUGAGCUCUUCAAAUUCCUUGAACUUUAAUCUGUUUCUGUUACUAGAUCUCUAUAUGUAGGCCAUUUCCCUAUUUAUUUGUUUUAUUGAGGUUGCUUCUAUUGGAGACAACCGCCAUGGGUUUUUUUGUUCUAAUUAAUCUUUAUGUUCCCUCCCACGCUUUGAAUAGUGAUAUCCUGAUUAUAUGGUUAUGAAAUCCUUUGUGUAUUUUCCCUUUGUUAUACCACAAAUAAGCAUGUCCUUCCAGAUCUAACAGAUCUGCAUUUUCUAACUUAAUUCAAUCUCGGAUCCAGGUAACGCGGGCAGCCUCAUAAUAACUUCCCCUGACACUUUAACCCUUUCCCCUCCGCAGCGGUGGUGCUGGCGGUGCUUCUGGCCCUGAUGGCGGCUGCCCUGCUGGGCUCCAUGGUGCUCUUCCUGGUCAAGAUCUGCCGGAAGAACCCGCAGCUGAGCCUGGGGCCGGUGUGGAGCACCCUGGACGACAAGGAGUACCUGAUGAGCAACACCUACACCCUCUGA